ACCACCUCCUCCUCCCCGUCUCAUGGGACCCAGAGGCCAGGCCAUGGCUUGCUGGCCUCCCACAUCCUGAGGAUGGCCCAGCCAGAGGACCAAGCCUUGGCAGGCCCCACCAAUGGGGAGAGACUGGUCCCAUCACAGGAGAAUGGGGCAGGAGAGACCUGCUUAGGGGUUCUCAGGGCCCCAGAGCCCCUUCUUCGGCUGCAGAGGACCUGGGGAGUGUGGCAGAUCCCAGAGCUGGAUCCCCAGGCUGCAGAAGCCCUUUUGGAGCUGUGGCCACCCGGGAGUUUUCUGGUCACAGGACAUGAACCCAGCCAGGUCCUGGUGUUGAGGACAGGACCUUCACCAGGGGAAGUCAACACCUACCAGAUCCAGAAGCUUCCUGGAGGUGUGUCUCUGGAAUCCUCUCACCUCUGCAUGCCAGACCUUCCCCAUCUCCUGGCCUUCCUGUCAGCCAGCAGGGAUGUUUUGCCCAGAACACUGCUCUUGCCCCCUCCCACUCUAGGGUCUGGGGAACAACACACAGAUACUCUGCAGAAUGGCAGUGUCCAACUCAACACCUCAGAGAGGAUGAUCUCUGUGGUGAACAAGCUCUACCUGGAGACCCACAGAGGGCAAGGGAUGCUAUCGCCCCCAGAGACAGCUCCAGAAACGACCCAGAGAAGUGAUCCAGCCCCCAGGAACAGCGCCCCUCAUCGGGUCUCUUGGGUGGAAGGCCCGCUCAGCCCAGAAGCACACCCUCCUGGGCCAGCUCUGGCCAGCCUCGGGGAGGAGGAGGAGGAGGACGACGACCAAGAGGAAGAAGGACCUGAGGAUGUGCUUACUAGUCAUGUCCAGGCUCUGGCCAGGGCCCGGAGCAGCUAUGUGGCCAAGCAGUUCCGAGGCCUUCAGGCACGCCUCACAUCAGAGGCUGAGGGCCCCCACAGGCCUGGGGACCCCGCCACGGAGCUGCUCCAGGAUGUGCGGCACCUCCUUACUGACCUCCAGGAUCACUUAGCAACGGACCCCAAUGUCAGGGCUAUCUUUGGAAGCAGAGGGCCUGGGGUCCCCCAGAAGAACAAGGAGGAUCUUGGCCCCGCGGUGGAGGCGGCCUUGUGCCGGGCAGUCCUGGCGCCACUGAAGCCGGCCUUGUGGACACGACUCCACACGCUCAGAGCCCCAGAGCUGAGGCGACUGCGGAGGCAACAAAUAGCCUUGCGGGCGGGGGCGGGGCCUCCCGGAGCUCAGGGGGCGGGCCCCUGUCCCUCAGGCCCCGCCCCCACCCUGCGGAACCGCAUCCACUCACGCCUCCAGCACCUCCACGCGGCCUAUGCCCCACGCCGCAAGGUGGCGCUGCUGCUGGCGAUGUGCAGUGACAUCUACGAGGGCCUGGCUUCGGGCAAGAAACAAGAGCCCCUGGGCGCCGACGCCUUCCUGCCGGCGCUGACUGAGGAGCUUAUCUGGAGUCCGGACAUCGGGGAGACACAGCUGGACGUGGAGUUUCUUAUGGAGCUCCUGGAUCCUGAAGAGCUACUGGGAGAAGUUGGUUACUACCUGACCACGUGGUUUGGGGCCCUGCACCACAUAGCCCACUAUCAGCCCGAAGCUGGACGCGCGCCCCAGGAGCUCAGUUCCGAGGCCAGUGCCUCUCUGUGCCAGUGGCAUCGCAGGCGAACGCUGCAGGGGCAGGGCCACUCCAGAGCCCAGCCUGAUCUGCCCUUUGAGGAACCCUGGGAAAUACAGACUGUGCCAAGAGACCGAUGAUGAGAAGGGAUCUCAAACCUUUCUGCUCUUCAAGCAAGAUGCAGAGUCACCUGUUGUUUAGGAGCAGC